CUGAAGUUUCUUCCUUCUUCUCCCCCUUCCCUCCCCUCCCUCUCUCCCUCUCUAUCUUUCCUUGUGUGUGUGUGAGAGAGUACCUAUAAUUUUCUUGGCUUGUAGGUAAGUAGCUUGUUUGUUGUUGGAUAAGAGUGAUUUGGAAGCAAUUUAAGAAAUGGGGAGAGCUCCAUGUUGUGACAAAGCAAACGUGAAAAGAGGACCGUGGUCUCCCGAGGAAGAUGCCACUCUCAAAAGCUACCUUGAGACUCAUCGUGGCACUGGUGGUAACUGGAUUGCUUUGCCUCAAAAAGCUGGCCUCAAGCGAUGCGGCAAGAGCUGCCGAUUACGAUGGCUUAAUUAUCUGAGGCCAGACAUCAAACAUGGAGGUUUUACUGAAGAGGAAGACAAUAUCAUAUGCGCUCUCUAUAGUCAAAUGGGAAGCAGAUGGUCCCUCAUUGCUUCUCAACUGCCUGGAAGAACCGAUAAUGAUGUGAAGAACUACUGGAACACCAAAUUGAAAAGGAAGAUCCUUGCAGGAAAAAUAAACAUCUCAAUCCGGAACAAAUCCAUCAACGCCCCAACUACCAUUGCCAAUAUUCUCACCUCUCCUGUUCUUUAUGGCCCUAAAGCUGAAACCGAAAGUACUAUCACCUUCUCCGAUUAUUCAUUAACUCAAAGUUCAGGAACAUUGCCGACCUUAUCUGAUAUCGGUUACGGACCUUUUAUCAACAGUACUCGUCAGAACUUGAGUCCAGACCAAUUCCAAUUUUCUAAUUUCCCUGGGGUCAUGGAUAUGUCUGAAUUUGGUGCAACUUCAAUGAACAGUAGUCACAUUGUUUCGCCAUCUCAAGAAUGUUCGAGCAUUUCAGAUUCCUCCUCGCUUGCUAUGGAUAACAAGGGUCUCCCAUUGCCUAGUAAUGGUGGUCUUGAGGGUGCUGGGCUGUUAAUGGAUUCUGAAUUUGGUUUGCCUGGUGAUUUUUUCCAUGGGCUUUUGUUUCAAGACGAAGCAAGUGAAGCGGCUGCUAAUUGCUCCCAAUAUUUUGCUGACUUUGGCUAUGUUGAUAUGAAGCCACAAGAACUCACUAACCAAUAUUGAUUGACAAAGGCGGCCAGAAAUGGAGAGAGACACAAGUACAGCUAGCUAGCUAGGGGUUUCACUUUCGCAUGGACGAUUCAUUAAUUUGAACCCAGGCGUCUAUCACCUACAAGUAACUGAUCAAGUCUGGAAAUUAGGAUUUAAUUAGGCAAGGCAAAUCAUUUGUUCUUUGAAUUAGGACCUUGUAAUUUGUUUCACUAUCUGGCAACAGAUAGGAACAUGAUCAGUGUAAUAUUGCAGCAACAAUUUAAGCGAGAGCCAGUGUU